CGAAAAUUGGGCAUUCACGUGUUUUCGCAAUGAUUUACUUCUUAAUUAAGUGCCUAUAUAUAUGCCCAUAUUUAUAACACUACUAAUCUUGCCCGCAACUCAGAAUCCUAUUUCCUCAAUAAGCAGCCUCUUCUUGCCUGAUGAUUAUUGAUAAUAAUGGCUGACCCUUUGAGCAUUGUUGGGACCACCAUUGCAAUUAUACAGCUCACAGGUAGCUGUAUAGCCCUUUUGAGAUCCCAUAUAGGACCCUCAAAGUAUGGUGUAACUGAUAUCAAGUCAAUGGAACUCGAUCUCAAUGAGUUCAUACAGACAAUGGAACGGUUCAAAACCCAUAUAGAAACUCAUUGUAUGACAUAUAACAAUGGCGAGGAACCAUUCGACAGCCUGGAUCAUUUGAGACGGCCCUUGGAAGACUGCAAGGUUGCUCUUGAUUUCAUCAAGAAUUUCCUUAGCAAAGACCACCUCAAACAGAUUUUCCUUGGUGCUAAAUUUGACCGAAGAAUAGGAAGAGCACUUGCGUCGCUGAAAAAGGCCAGGCAACUAUUUGUCGAUGUGAUCGUAUUAAAUACCAAUGCGUCAUCUCUACGUCUCGAGCAGCGGGUAGAGAGCCUGAGGAAAGACAUCCAAGGGCUCCAUGACUUCGUAAAGAAUAGUCAGAACCCAGAUCCUGAGCUGCUGUCCCAUUACAGAGACCGCAUUAAGAAGUGGCUCGUACCUAGGAAGGAAAGCGACAUCGACUACCAUGAGCAGCUUGACCGCCAUAUCAGAGCGCGAGCUGCAGGGAGCUGCAAUUGGCUAUGGCAGCAUGAUCUAUACGAUCAAUGGUUACAUAAAAACGAAGCACCGCCAGUGAUCUGGGUACAAGGACCAUUGGGACUGGGUAAAUCUGUGCUCUGCUCGGCAGCCAUAGAGCAUGCUCGAAGGCACAAGAAAUGCACAAUAUUCUACUACUGUCGCUUCAACAACCAGUCUACUGUAAUGCAAGUGGCAGGCCGCCUGAUCGAACAACUGUUCGACUACCUAUUCGCAAGAGAUGAAAGUAUCGCACUAUCAGCGAUAGGAAUCACAAAGGACACAUCAUCUCUAACAACUGAUGGACUACUAAAGAUGGCUAAGCACCUGAUUCAAGAAUUGCAAAGUCUAGAAGGACAGAAGUCAGCAGGCUCUCCAAGUUUACUGAUGUUCCUUGAUGGGUUAGAUGAAGAACCACGAGAAGAAGAAACACUCAGUCCAUUCGCUUUCAAAUUAUUGGGCGAGUUUCCAAGUGUUGUGAGAAUAUGGGUCACCUCUCGCCCUUCACGGCAACUAAAUGGGCUUCUGUCAAGAUAUCCUACUAUCCAUUUGAAAGAACACACGAGAAAUGACGUACGCGCUUAUAUCGAAAGUGAGAUGCGGGAGUCUACCGAGGGGCUGUUUGACAAUGACGAAUUUAUUGAAAACGUUUUAAUACCGAGGCUGCUACAAAGAUGCGAGUGCAACUUUCUAUUCGCCAGAUUAUUAACGGGUUAUAUGAAGGAAGGAUCCUUCAGGCCUAGUGAGCUACCUCGGGUAAUCCAAGAAGAGCUCCCGAUCGACGUGUCAGAUAUUUAUAAGAGAAUAUUCAAGACACAAUACCGUGAUCAUCACGUUCGCAAAACUGCGAGUGAACUAUUCUCUAUCGUUGCAUUCGCAAGACGUCCCCUGAGACUACAAGAACUCCAAGAGGCCUUGGCUCUUGUCUUGCCUGAUGUUGUUGGAGCAAAUAUCAACCAAGCAAACAAACCCCGGAGGCUUGAUAACAUAUUUAGCUGCCUAAUCGAGACAACCCCGAGCCACGUAGAAUCAGACCCUUUCAUUCAGCUCACGCACGUCUCUGUCAAAGAUUUUCUAAACAAAAACCCAUGUGUGCUCCAAGAGGAUGAAGGUCAAGAAUAUCCUAUCAACGAGCAUUGCAUAGCAAAUGUAUGCCUUCGAUACCUCAUGCAGAAACGUUACAUGAAACCGUUUGAGGAUCACGAGUCCAUUACGCAGGCAGUUGAAACUCAUCAUCUCUUGACCUACGCUGCUAAAUAUUGGCAUAGGCACCUUGACGCUGUCGUUGUUACCCCAGAACAAGUGAAACUUAUUCACAGAUUCAUAAUAUCACCCAACUUUCAGACUCUCUUUCAGGUCCAGAGUAUUUUCAUUGAGUAUCAGUUCGAUCUCUUCACUAGCAGCCGUCAUCCACAGGCACGCUUUAGGAAAUCUCUUCCUCGAUCGCUAAUUGGGACGAAUGGUAAAGUAUUGAAAGAUUAUCUCCAUUUCGUCAGUGAAUGGAAACAUUUCCUCAGCUGUCCCUGCGAAGGGGAUAAGUGUCCGAUAUAUAAAUGCAAGAUUGAAAUCAAUCGUUGUCUCUCGGGUAUCAUGGGUCCUAAUAGCUUCCUGGGAAGCAUGGAAGAGAAACAUUCAAGUUUCAUGUUGCAUAAAGGGAACUACGAUACCGACAAAUUUGAUCCGGGGGUUGCUGAUCAUUUCUCCAGCGAUGGAAGAAUGGCAGCGGUAGUUUCCCUGAAACCAGCAAACAUCGGUGAAUUAUACGUAAUCGUGGAUAUUUGGGACCUGUGGGCUUCAAACCCACCUAUUCACUCAGGGACGGUCACUGUAAAGACAGACGAGAAGAGGAGUGGGUGGUUUCUGUAUUCUGCGAAACCUCGAAAAGUCACAAAAAGACUCAGUCACCCUGAAUCAAUUUCAUUCAGCAGCGAUCAUAAUUUCCUCCGUAUUGGCAGCCAGCUAUUCUAUAAGGAUGGGGGCAAUUACAAAAAAGCAAUAACAAUCGAAGACUCCAACACCGAUAUUGCCAGAUACUUCGAAGAAUUUUCCAGCAGCAACAAUAUCAUAGCAAUUGCUCGAAGGCAAAAUAGGAAAGAAGAGGAUAUGAUUGAGCUGGAUUUGACUGAUUCUGGAAUCGAAAUUAUCGGCAAUGAUUUGCAUGAAUGGCAUAGUAACAACGAUUCGACCCCUGUUGCGGGCGGAGGAUCCGAUAGUGAGGCAGAUGAUGACUACAGCAGUGGAAGUGAUGCUGCAACAUUGUCCGACAAAAUCUCAGAUGAAUCCGAUGUUGAAGAUGUGGCAGAAGAAUCGAUUAGCGAAGGUUCAACUCAAGAUGCCUCAGACCCUGACCUAUCAGUGGGCUUGACAGACAACAGCAGUGAGCCCUCAGAUAAUUACAGCGAAGAUUCGAGAGCCGAGGUUAUAAUUUCACAUGGCCAACUUCUUGCCGAUCUUACGGGGUAUGUGGAGGAGUGUUCUGAUGACGAAGAGGAGCAUCAGGCCACGUUAUCGAUGCUGCGACCACGCAGGUCCACGAAAGCACGAAACAGUAGCAAAGGUCAAGGUUUGAUUUCAAUUUUGGACCUAAAUGGCGAAAGGCCUCAACAGAUUUUCCGUUUCGAAUACGAGCUCCCCGUGAUGUUAUAUCACUCACCUCCGGCCAUACACCCUUCCAAGCCGCUAGUCGUAUGGCCAUUAUGCGGCGGUGAUAUCCUGUUCAUUGACUAUCGACAAAACACCUACUUUAUCCGACGUGUUUUGGCAACGACUAGAUUUACUCGUCAUGUCUGUAUGAAGGUCCACUUCUCUGAGUGUGGUAGAUUUAUGCACAUCGCCACUAUAGAAGCACAGGAUAAGAGGAAAGUGAAACUCGAAGCUACCGAGGAGAAGGCGCCCAAAGAACUUGGGAUAGCAGUCUUCGUUACGACACAUCGGCUCUCGGAACAUAAAACGAGUAGAAGUCCGCCAACCCUAAUUCAUCGGGUAAAAGCGAAGCUCGGUGAUGUCGCCUGCUUUUCGAUCUCCAAACUUCCAAUAACCUUUACUUGGACCGAGCAACAUGUCUACGUGACUCAGAGCUCUUGUAGGUUAUCCGUCAUUCGAAUAGAGUUAUUCAGACCCAGAGGAGUAGGGUUUCCGUCAGGUUCCUUGCCUACGACGCCCCGCGAGACAGUCCUCCUCCCAGCGACAGCGCAGCAACGCGAAGUGCGAUACUUUCCACCAACCUCUGGCGAAAGCCGAGGUAUGAUAUUAAUCGGAAGUCGUCGUAGACAUCCAGCAGUUGAAAUCUUGCCUACUCGCUCCAGUCACAUCGAGCACGAUGCGCGCUGUUCCCCUUAUCAGUUCCAGAGCCCUCCGAUUGGUAUCUACAUCGACGAAGCGGAUUUUGGCGGAUGGGUUCCUGUCGGAAUGGAGGAAAAGAUCACAAACAAGUAUCGCAAUGGGGAACUGAUUAGGAAGUUCGAGGCGUUUGAUGCAGAAGACGAUUGUGAUCUCGAGGAUUUCAUUUCUCCUGGCGAUUUGCAAUAA